GACCUUGUUCAGCGGAUUUUGACUAUUUUUUCUGAUGAGCCUGCGGGAAGGUUGUGGUCUAAAAGGGAUCCCAGGGCAAGGGAAAGGGUUGCAAAACUAGUGGAGGAUGGAUAUAGGAAAAUGCAAGCAUCUUGGGCAAGUGAAGUAACGGAUAUCAGUAAUGUUAAAGUUAAGUCAGGUUCCUUUCAACCAGAUAUCAAAGUUCGGUGUAUUUGUGGAAGCUCAUUAGUUACAGAGUCAAUGAUACAAUGCGAGGAUCCGAGAUGCCAUGUCUGGGAGCAUGUUGGCUGUGUCAUUAUCCCGGAGAAGCCUAUGGAAGUAAAUCAACCUCUUCCUGAACCAUUUUACUGUGAAAUAUGCCGACUUACCCGUGCUGACCCAUUUUGGGUCACAAUGGCGCAUCCAUUGUAUCCUGUGAGGUUGACGUCAACGAUCAUCCCAACUGAUGAUUUAAUCCCCAUUCCGAGUGUGGACAGAAUAUUUCGAAUAACAAGGGCAGACAAAGACUUGUUGGUGAAGCAUGAGUACGAUGUUCAGGCUUGGUGUAUGCUCUUGAAUGACAAAGUUAUAUUUAGGAUGCAGUGGCCUCAAUAUGCUGAUCUGCAAGUCAAUGGUGUACAUGUUCGUGCUAUUGACCGACCAAGGUCACAGCUUCUGGGGGCCAAUGGCCGCGAUGAUGGACCUAUUAUCACACAUUGUGUUAGGGAAGGAAUUAACAAGAUAUCCUUGAGUAGAUGUGACUCCCGCAUUUUUUGUUUGGGUGUAAGGCUUGUGAAACGACGGACUCUGCAACAGGUCUUAAACAUGAUUCCGGAUGAGGAUAAAGGUGAACCUUUAGAAAAUGCUCUUUCGCGUGUACGCCGAUGCAUCGGAGGUGCAACUGGAAAUGAUGAUGCCGACGGUGACAGUGAUAUUGAGGUUGUCGCAGAUUUCUUUGAUAUCAAUCUCCGGUGUCCUAUGAGCGGCUCUAGGAUGAAAGUUGCUGGGAGAUUUAAACCCUGUUUGCACAUGGGAUGUUUUGACCUUGAGGUGUUUGUAGAGCUGAAUCAACGUUCUAGAAAGUGGCAGUGUCCUAUUUGUCUGAAGAACUACUCUCUGGAGCAUAUAAUUGUAGAUCCUUAUUUUAACCGUAUUACAUCAAUGAUGAGACAUUGUGAUGACGAGUUGGCUGAGAUUGAAAUUAAGCCUGAUGGUUCUUGGCGUGUGAAGCUCGAAAGUGACAGCAAGCGCAGAAAAAUGGGGGAACUCCCGCCCUGGCGACUACCUAAUGGUAGUCUCAUCCCCACGGUUGAUGAGAUGAAACCCAAGAUGGAAAUUCUAACACCAGUUAAACAAGAAGGUUGCUCAGAUGGUCCAACCCCUUUGAAAGAUGGAAUAAGGAGGAAUUGCAAUGGCAAUUGCGAAAUUAGCAAACCUAAUACUAAUGGUUUGUCUUCCAGUAAUAGGGAAGAUAAGGUUGAGUGUCAGGAGCAAAAUGUUAUACCAAUGAGUAGUAGCUCAACUGGAAGUGGUAGGGAUAGCGAUGACCAUAGCGUAAACCAGGACGCUCUUGGGACCUUUGAGUUUGGAAACAAUGGGAUGGAGCUUGGUUCUAUAUCCAUGAAUGUAAAUCCAAGCUACAACUUUAGUGACAGGAAUCAUCAACCAGCAGUAGCAAGUAAUAAUGAACCCAUCGUUUUGAGUGAUUCUGAUGAAGAAAAUGAUGUUGCAAUCACUGGCUUCAAUGAGAAUCAAACUGAUGGCGGGGUAAAUUUUCCAUUGCAUCUACCUGGUAUUAAAUCAUAUAGUGAAAAUCCUCACGCCAUGGCUGGGGGUAGUUCGGGCUUGGGUCUUUUUACCAACAUUGACGCUGAUGUAACAGAGGGUUUAGUUAGUUUGGAGCCUGGUCCAUCGAACUGUGCUCCUGCAGUAAGUAGCGGUUACAAAAAAGCUCCAGAGACAUCAAUGCCAUCUAUUCCUAUGUUUUCAGAAUCGGUUGGACGACGCGAAGCAAAUGCAAACAAUGGAUCACUUCAAAUAUUUCUGCCAACAAGACCAGAUACCUCAGCUCAGUCUGAUUUAGGAAAUCAGGCGGAGAUGUCAAACGGAAACCCUAGUGAUGAUUGGAUCUCUCUAAGGCUUGGUAAUCAGGGAGAGACAAAAGGUGUAAACAAAGUCAAUGCGUCGACAAGAGAGGGUGCUUUGGAUACUCUGUCAGAAACAGCGUCGUUGCUACUUGGAAUGAAUGACAGUAGUAAACAAGAGAAGUCAAGAAGACAGAGAUCAGAUAGCCCGUUUUCAUUUCCUAGGAAGAAGCGUUCCGUUAGACCCCGACUGUUUCUCACCACUGACUCAGAUUCAGAAUGACAUGUACCUCAACUUGUUUGUUUAUUCAUGGAAGGAUGCUAUUUGCAAAGGAGUAAAUAGGUUUAUUAUACAAAGUUAAUGAAGGACUGGAAGCUUUUGGUCAGUAAUUGUUAUUUGCGAUAGGACUUUUUUUAGUUGUUGAAGAGGAAACUGUAAAGUUGGUUACUACAGAUAUGGGCAAGUAGAGGAAACAAGCAUUUUGUAAAUGUGGGUUUUACCUUUUUCUUUGUUUUGUUGAAUAGUAAAAAAAAACCAGCUCUUCUUCUUCUUCUUUUUGUUUACAAAC